AAUUUCUCUAAAUCCAUGCUUCAAUUCCAAAGAUUUUAACUUUACUCCAUUCGACGAAAUGGGUCUGUCUUGUUAGUUGCUUCUGUCUCAAAAUCACAAAUGAAAAUGAUGAGCAAAACGCUUUUACUAACUUAUUUCUACUUAUUUAUCUACAUCUUGCUUUCUUCUGGUGUCAUUCUCUACAACAAGUGGGUUUUAUCUCCAAAGUACUUUAAUUUUCCACUUCCCAUCACACUUACCAUGAUUCAUAUGGCUUUUUCUGGAGCUGUUGCUUUUUUUCUUGUCCGGGUUUUUAAGGUUGUAUCUCCUGUAAAAAUGACAUUUGAAAUAUAUGCAACUUGUGUGAUACCAAUAAGUGCAUUCUUUGCAUCAAGUCUCUGGUUCGGUAACACGGCUUAUUUGCAUAUCUCUGUGGCUUUUAUCCAGAUGCUUAAAGCUCUGAUGCCAGUUGCAACAUUCCUUGUGGCUGUUUUAUGCGGCAUUGACAAAGCAAGGUGUGAUGUGUUCCUCAACAUGCUGCUUGUUAGUGUUGGAGUCGUCGUUUCCUCCUACGGGGAAAUUCAUUUUAAUAUAGUUGGUACACUUUACCAGGUCACAGGCAUCUUUGCAGAGGCUUUUCGACUGGUCUUAACACAAGUCCUUUUACAGAAGAAGGGCUUGAGUUUAAAUCCCAUUACAAGCUUAUAUUACAUAGCUCCAUGCAGUUUUGUGUUUCUCUUUGUGCCUUGGUACCUUCUGGAAAAGCCGAUGAUGGAAGUUUCACAGAUUCAGUUCAAUUUUUGGAUCUUUUUUUCAAAUGCUCUGUGUGCUCUAGCCUUGAAUUUUUCCAUUUUCUUAGUAAUUGGUAGAACUGGUGCUGUAACCAUCCGAGUUGCCGGUGUGCUUAAAGACUGGAUAUUAAUAGCCCUUUCAACAGUUAUAUUUCCAGAGUCUACAAUAACUGGACUGAAUAUAAUUGGCUAUGGUAUUGCACUAUGUGGAGUUGUGAUGUACAAUUACAUAAAGGUCAGGGAUGUCCGAGCCUUGCAAUUAACUGCUGAAAGUAUUCCUGAUCGAAUAACAAAGGACUGGAAAUUUGAGAAGAAAUCGUCUGAUAUUUAUGUGCCGGAUAACGUUGAUAAUGAUGAAGGAAGCAGUGGCGGCAAUGGUUCUGCCUCUGAUAUGAAUAUUGAUGAAGAAGCGCCACUAAUUUCGUCAUCAUGGUUAUCUCAUAUUGGACGUACGCAACUAACCAGCCAUGCAACAGGAAAAUGAUAAUCCAAAUACAGGAUGUAGUUUAUGUCUUCCCCUUUUUGAAAGAGAACAAGAAAUAGGAAGUUGAGUCAAAUGCACCAUAUUCCUCUCAUUCGUUUUAGGUAGUAUGUAAGAUUUGUUUUAUAAUGAAAUCACGCUUGCUUGAGCUUUGUAAUUACAUUCCUGGGUUUUAAGACCGAAUUCUCUAGGUAAAUCUUAUAAUGGUGAUUUUAAAAUUAUUUACCAACCGAGUUGUGAUAUGCUUUCCUAAAGAUUUUAAAACCACUCACUAGAUGUCAAUGUAGUACGAUCUCAUUUUGAUAUGA